GUAAUCGGUUUAAUCUGGUGACCAUCUCCCCCCCUGGCAGCAGCAGAUCUGCCUGACCUCUCCGACCAAGCUUUUUAAUCAAACUGCAUGCUGUGUGUGAGCGUGAGAGUCCCAGCCCCUCUCUCUGCUCUGUGACUGCGCUGCAUUUUUUUGAAUGGAUCUGCGGUCUUUCAGUCGCCGUGAUGCUCAUUUGAAUUAACGAAACUUGUGGGGGUCUCUAAUUGCUGACUUUUGUGGUUGCAUCGCGUCUUUUUUUUGCUUUUUCUUUCUUGGGCGACUUGUACAGACCACAUGGUUGCAGCAGGGGGUCGCCCGCUGUGAAGUUCAGCAGAUAUCCAGGGCUGCAUUUUCCUGAGCAAUAAGGUGUAGCUGCAGCGCUCGCCCGCACCGCCUGGCAAGAUGGUGGCGUUGUCACUGAAAAUCUGCGUGCGGCAAUGCAACGUUGUGAAGACGAUGCAGUUUGAGCCCUCCACAGCUGUCUAUGAUGCCUGCAGGAUCAUCAGAGAGAGGGUCCCAGAGGCUCAAACUGGACAGGCUUCAGACUAUGGCCUGUUUCUUUCGGAUGAAGACCCCAGAAAAGGCAUCUGGUUGGAAUCUGGAAGGACACUGGAUUACUACAUGCUCCGCAAUGGGGAUAUUCUUGAAUACAAGAAGAAGCAAAGACCACAGAAAAUUAAAAUGCUGGAUGGGGCUGUCAAAACUAUCAUGGUGGACGACUCCAAAACAGUGGGAGAGCUGCUUGUGACUAUAUGCAGUAGAAUAGGCAUUACAAACUACGAGGAAUACUCUCUGAUCCAGGAGACGGUGGAGGAGAAGAAGGAGGAUGGCAUGGGUACCCUGAAGAAAGACAGAACACUUUUGCGAGACGAGAGGAAGAUGGAAAAGCUGAAAGCCAAGCUUCACACAGACGAUGACUUGAACUGGCUGGACCAUAGCAGAACAUUCAGGGAGCAGGGAGUGGACGAGAACGAGACUCUUCUCCUGAGACGCAAGUUCUUCUACUCUGACCAGAAUGUAGACUCCAGAGACCCAGUUCAACUCAACCUGCUUUACGUACAGGCUCGAGAUGAUAUCCUGAACGGUUCCCACCCGGUCUCGUUUGAUAAGGCCUGCGAGUUUGGAGGGAUUCAGGCCCAGAUCCAGUUUGGACCUCACAUAGAGCAUAAACACAAACCCGGAUUCUUGGACCUGAAAGAGUUUCUACCCAAAGAGUACAUAAAGCAGAGAGGAGCUGAAAAGAAAAUAUUCCAGGAGCACAAGAACUGUGGCGAGAUGACCGAGAUUGAGGCAAAAGUAAAGUAUGUCAAAUUGGCGCGGUCUCUGCGGACAUACGGCGUCUCCUUCUUCCUCGUCAAGGAAAAGAUGAAGAGCAAGAAUAAACUGGUGCCGCGGCUUUUGGGUAUCACAAAAGAGUCUGUGAUGAGAGUGGAUGAGAAGACCAAAGAUGUAGUUCAAGAGUGGCCACUUACCACUGUGAAGAGGUGGGCAGCAUCACCCAAGAGCUUCACCUUGGACUUUGGGGAGUACCAAGAGAGCUACUACUCUGUACAGACCACUGAAGGGGAACAGAUCUCCCAGCUCAUUGCCGGUUACAUCGACAUCAUUCUCAAAAAGAAGCAAAGCAAGGAUCGCUUUGGAUUAGAAGGUGACGAGGAGUCAACAAUGCUCGAGGAGUCUGUAUCCCCGAAAAAGUCCACCAUCCUUCAGCAGCAGUUUAACCGUAUGGGCCGGGUGGAGCACGGCUCUGUGGCGCUGCCAGGGGUGAUCCGCUCUGGCUCAAUCGGCGCAGAAUCACUUAGCAUGGGUACCAUGCCAUCCCCUCAGCAGCAGAUCACAAUGGGUCAGAUGCACCGUGGACACAUGCCACCACUGAGCUCAGCACAACAAGCUCUGAUGGGAACCAUCAACACCAGCAUGCAAGCUGUGCAGAAAGCCCAGAUAGACCUGGGGGAGGUGGACAACCUUCCACCACUGGGACAAGACAUGGCAUCUAAGGUGUGGAUCCAAAACAAGAUGGAUGAGUCAAAACACGAGAUCCACUCCCAAGUCGACGCCAUCACUGCAGGAACAGCCUCUGUUGUCAACCUCACGGCUGCCGAUCCUACCGACACAGACUACACAGCAGUGGGCUGUGCCAUCACCACCAUAUCCUCCAACCUGACUGAAAUGUCAAAGGGUGUGAAGCUGUUGGCUGCACUCAUGGAGGACGACGUAGGAGGAGGCAACGACCUGAUGAAGGCCGCCAGGACACUUGCAGGGACCGUAUCUGACCUGCUGAAGGCUGUGGAGCCGGCCUCUGGAGAGCCAAGACAGACUGUGCUGACAGCAGCAGGCAGCAUUGGUCAGGCCAGCGGAGACCUCCUGCGCCAGAUUGGAGAGAACGAGACAGACGAGAGGUUUCAGGAUGUCCUGAUGAAUCUGGCGAAAGCAGUGGCCAAUGCAGCAGCCAUGUUGGUGCUGAAGGCCAAGAAUGUGGCCCAGGUUGCAGAGGACACCGUCCUUCAGAACCGGGUCAUUGCUGCAGCCACACAGUGUGCCCUGUCCACCUCUCAGCUGGUGGCAUGUGCCAAGGUGGUAAGCCCAACUAUCAGUUCUCCAGUUUGCCAAGAGCAGUUAAUUGAAGCUGGAAAGCUUGUCGACCGCUCGGUGGAAAGCUGCGUCCAGGCCUGCCUUUCAGCCACAGAAGAUGGCGAACUUCUCAAGCAGGUGAGUGCAGCAGCCAGCGUGGUUAGCCAGGCUUUAGGAGAUCUCCUGCAACACGUUCGUCAGUACACCUCAAGGGGAGAACCGAUUGGGCGCUAUGACCAGGCAACGGACACCAUUAUGACUGUCACUGAGAGUAUUUUCAGCUCAAUGGGAGAUGCUGGAGAGAUGGUGCGUCAGGCUCGAGUCUUGGCUCAGGCCACCUCCGAUUUGGUGAAUGCCAUGAGGUCCGAUGCAGAAGCCGAGGUCGACGUCGACAAUUCUAAGAAGUUGCUGGCAGCUGCUAAAUUGUUGGCUGAUGCCACAGCAAGGAUGGUGGAGGCAGCAAAGGGAGCAGCAGCCUACCCAGAAAAUGAAGACCAGCAGCAGAGACUGAGGGAGGCUGCAGAGGGGCUGCGUGUGGCCACUAAUGCUGCUGCUCAGAAUGCCAUCAAGAAGAAACUGAUCAACAGACUGGAGAAUGCUGCCAAGCAAGCUGCAGCUGCAGCCACACAGACAAUCGCCGCUGCUCAAAACGCCGCCGCCUCCAACAAGAACACAGCUGCUCACCAGCAGCUGGUGCAGAGUUGUAAGGCAGUUGCAGAUCAUAUCCCACAGCUUGUCCAGGGAGUCCGUGGCAGUCAGGCCAAACCGGAGGACCUGAGUGCACAGUUGGCCCUCAUUAUUGCCAGCCAGAACUUCUUACAGCCUGGCAGUAAGAUGGUGACCUCGGCCAAGUCAUCUGUUCCCACGGUGACUGAUCAGGCUGCAGCCAUGCAACUGGGUCAGUGUGCCAAGAACCUGGCCACCUGCCUGGCGGAGCUGAGGACGUCUGCACAGAAGGCUCAUGAAGCUUGUGGCCCCAUGGAGAUAGACUCUGCCCUUACAGCCAUCCAGACCCUAAGAAGUGAGCUACAAGAUGCCAAGAUGACUGCUGUGAAUGCCCAACUAAAACCACUUCCUGGAGAAUCACUGGAGAAGUGUGCUCAGGAUCUGGGAAGCACCUCCAAGUCUGUGGGAUCCUCUAUGGCUCAGCUGCUCACCUGUGCUGCACAAGGAAAUGAACACUACACAGGAAUAGCAGCCAGAGAGACAGCUCAGGCUCUAAAAACACUCGCCCAAGCAGCCCGUGGCGUUGCUGCUUCCACCACGGAGCCCAAGGGCGCGGCUGCCAUGUUGGACUCGGCCCGUGACGUUAUGGAGGGCUCUGCGCUUCUCAUACAUGAGGCUAAGCAGGCACUGAUUUCCCCCGGAGACGCUGAGAGCCAGCAGAGACUGGCACAGGUGGCGAAGGCUGUGUCUCAUUCCCUAAACAACUGCGUUAACUGUCUACCUGGCCAGAAGGAUGUGGACAUGGCUCUCAAGAGCAUCGGAGAGGCCAGCAAGAAGCUACUGAUUGAAACCAUCCCACCCGCCUCAAAGUCAUUCCAGGAGGCCCAGAGUGAGCUCAACCAAACAGCAGCUGAACUAAACCAGUCAGCGGGCGAGGUGGUCCACGCCUCCAGAGGCUCCAGCAGCCAGCUGGCUGUGGCCUCUGGAAAGUUCAGCCAAGACUUUGAUGAGUUCCUGGAUGCUGGCAUCGAGAUGGCUGGGCACACUCAGAAAAAGGACGACCAGGUGCAGGUGAUUGGUAACCUGAAGAACAUCUCCAUGGCUUCUAGCAAACUGCUGUUGGCUGCUAAAAGUCUGUCUGUGGACCCAGCAGCAGCAAACGCCAAGAACCUGCUAGCUGCUGCAGCAAGAGCUGUGACUGACAGCAUCAACCAGCUGAUCACUCUGUGCACACAGCAGGCUCCAGGGCAGAAGGAGUGUGACAAUGCCCUGAGAGAGUUGGAGGCUGUCAGAGGAAUGCUUGACAACCCUAAUGAACCGGUCAGUGACCUCUCCUACUUUGACUGUAUCGAGAGUGUGAUGGAGAACUCGAAGGUCCUGGGAGAGUCUAUGGCUGGCAUUUCUCAGAACUGCAAAACCGGGGAUGUGUCUGCAUUUGGCGACUGUGUGGGAUCAGCGUCUAAAGCCCUGUGUGGCCUCACUGAAGCCGCAGGACAGGCUUCUUACUUGGUGGGUGUGUCAGACCCUAACAGUCAGGCGGGACACCAGGGUUUGGUGGAUCCCAUACAGUUUGCUAAAGCCAACCAAGCAAUCCAGAUGGCCUGUCAGAAUCUUGUUGACCCAGAAAGCAGCCCCUCCCAGGUUCUCUCAGCAGCCACCAUCGUUGCUAAGCACACCUCGGCAUUGUGCAAUGCCUGUCGUCUCGCUUCUUCUAAGACAACCAAUCCUGUUGCCAAGAGGCACUUUGUGCAGUCUGCCAAGGAGGUUGCCAACAGCACUGCCAACUUGGUCAAAACAAUUAAGGCUUUAGAUGGUGAUUUCUCAGAGGAAAACAGGAACAGGUGUCGAGUCGCCACGGCUCCACUAAUUGAAGCUGUUGAAAACUUGACAACAUUUGCUUCCAACCCAGAGUUUGCCAGCGUGCCCGCUAAAAUCAGCACUGAGGGCUCUGCAGCACAGGAGCCCAUCCUCCAGUCGGCACGGUCUAUGCUUGAUAGCUCCACCCAUCUGCUCAAAACCGCACGCUCAUUGGUUAUCAACCCAAAAGACCCGCCCACGUGGUCCGUCCUGGCCGGUCAUUCUCGUACUGUCUCCGACUCCAUCAAGAGUCUCAUCACAGCCAUCCGGGACAAGGCCCCAGGCCAGCGGGAGUGCGAUUCGUCAAUUGAUAACAUCAACAAAUGUAUCCGGGACAUUGAGCAGGCCUCUCUGGCCGCUGUCAGCCAGAACUUACCCAGCAGAGACGACAUCUCACUGGAGGCACUACAAGAGCAACUGACGUCCACCGUGCAGGAAAUUGGCCACUUAAUUGACCCCGUUUCCACUGCUGCCAGGGGCGAAGCUUCCCAACUAGGACACAAGGUGACUCAGUUGGCUGGCUACUUUGAGCCACUGAUCAAGGCCUCCGUGGGUGUGGCGUCCAAGCUGAAGGACCACCAGCAGCAGAUGACUUUCCUGGACCAAACAAAGACGCUGGCUGAGUCGGCUCUGCAAAUGCUCUAUGCUGCCAAAGAGGGUGGAGGAAACCCAAAGGCAUCCCAUACCCAUGAUGCUAUAGCAGAGGCAGCUCAGCUCAUGAAGGAGGCGGUUGAUGACAUCAUGGUGACACUUAAUGAAGCUGCCAGUGAGGUGGGAAUGGUGGGAGGAAUGGUGGAGUCGAUCGCAGAUGCCAUGGCCAAGCUGGAUGAAGGUACACCACCCGAACCUGAGGGCUCAUUUGUGGAUUACCAGACCAGUAUGGUGAAAUACUCUAAAGCCAUUGCUGUCACUGCUCAGGAAAUGAUGACCAAAUCAGUGACUUGUCCAGAUGAGCUGGGAGCCCUGGCAUCACAGGUGACUGUGGACUACAGCCAGCUCGCUGUUCAGGGACGACUGGCUGCUCACACAGCUGAACCAGAGGAGAUUGGUUUCCAGAUCAAAACCCGAGUGCAGGACCUUGGUCACGGCUGCAUCUUUCUGGUACAAAAGGCCGGAGCUCUGCAGAUCACCCCGUCUGACAGUUUUACUAAGCGGGAGCUCAUUGAUUGUGCCCGUGCAGUCACAGAGAAGGUGUCUUUGGUGCUUUCAGCCCUCCAGGCAGGCAAUAAGGGCACUCAGGCUUGCAUUACAGCAGCCACUGCUGUGUCUGGGAUCAUUGCUGAUCUGGAUACCACAAUAAUGUUUGCGUCCGCCGGCACACUCAACGCAGAGAACGAAGAGUCCUUUGCCGACCACAGGGAAAACAUUUUGAAGACUGCUAAAGCUCUGGUUGAGGACACAAAGAUGCUGGUGUCCGGCGCAGCUUCCGGUCAGGAGAAGUUGGCACAGGCUGCUCAGUCUUCUGCCAAGACCAUUACCCAGCUCACAGAUGUGGUCAAAUUGGGUGCUGCCAGCAUUGGCUCUGAUGACCCUGAGACACAGGUGGUGCUGAUAAAUGCUGUCAAAGAUGUGGCCAAGGCAUUGGGUGAGCUCAUUAGUGCCACCAAGUGUGCCGCUGGCAAGGCAGCCGAUGAUCCAUCUAUGUACCAACUAAAGAGCGCUGCGAAGGUGAUGGUGACAAAUGUGACAUCCCUGCUGAAGACGGUCAAAGCUGUGGAAGACGAAGCUACUCGCGGUACCAGAGCGCUUGAGGCUACAAUCGAGUGCAUUAAACAGGAAAUGUCGGUGUUUCAAUCCAGGGAUGCUCCCAACAAGACAACCACACCUGAGGAGUUCAUUCGCAUGACUAAAGGAAUCACCAUGGCAACUGCUAAAGCGGUGGCUGCAGGGAACUCUGGCCGACAGGAGGACAUCAUCCAUACUGCCAACGUCAGCCGCAAAGCCAUGUCAGACAUGCUCACUACCUGCAAGCAAGCAGCCUACCAUCCCGAGGUCAGUGAGGAGGUGAAGAACAGAGCACUGAUGUUCGGAGCAGAGUGUACAACUGCUUACAUUGACCUACUGGAACAUGUACUGCUGGUCCUGCAGAAGCCUACUGCAGAGCAGAAGCAGCAUCUGGCAGCUUGUUCCAAGCGAGUAGCCGGAGCAGUAACAGAGCUCAUCCAGACUGCUGAGGCCAUGAAAGAUGGAGGUUCAGAGUGGGUGGAUCCCGAGGAUCCAACAGUGAUCGCAGAGACGGAGCUGCUCGGAGCAGCGGCGUCCAUUGAAGCAGCAGCUAAGAAGCUCGAGCAACUCAAACCCAGAGCCAAGCCAAAGCAAGCAGACGAGACCCUGAACUUUGAGGAGCAGAUCCUAGAGGCAGCUAAAUCCAUUGCUGCAGCCACCAGUGCUUUGGUUAAAUCAGCCUCAGCUGCCCAGAGAGAGCUGGUGGCUCAGGGGAAAGUGGGCUCUGUCCCUGCAAAUGCUGUGGAUGAUGGACAGUGGUCCCAGGGGCUGAUCUCUGCUGCACGUAUGGUAGCAGCAGCAACUAGCAACCUGUGUGAGGCAGCUAAUGCCUCGGUGCAGGGUCACGCCAGUGAGGAGAAACUCAUCUCUUCAGCCAAACAGGUGGCAGCCUCUACUGCUCAGCUGCUGGUGGCCUGUAAGGUGAAGGCUGACCAAGACUCUGAGGCCAUGAGGAGACUGCAGAUCGCUGGAAAUGCAGUGAAGAAAGCAUCUGACAAUUUGGUGCGGGCAGCUCAGAAGGCAGCAUUUGAAAAAUCCGAUGAAGACAACGUGGUGGUGAAGACGAAGUUUGUGGGUGGAAUUGCGCAGAUCAUUGCCGCCCAGGAAGAGAUGCUGAGAAAGGAGAGAGAGCUGGAAGAAGCCAGAAAGAAACUGGCCCAAAUAAGGCAGCAGCAGUACAAGUUCCUGCCCAGCGAACUGCGAGAGGACAGCAACUAGUUAUUCAGCCUCACCUUUGCUGCUACGUACGCUUGCACCAGUGUGAAGAGCACAUCUGUUUUUGUGUGCAUAUUUGUAUCCUGCUAAUGGCACACCUGGACCGGUACGCCGUCCUCCAGUGAAUCCAGAUAAGUUGUGACUGAUUAACAAACCCAGGUCUGCAUUGAACACCACUGACAACAUGUAAGGUCAUCUUCUAGCACGUAUUAAAAACUACUGCGUGAUACUGACUACUUUGUGAAAACAACAAAAAGAUUGUGGUGAUCGCCUGAAGAACUCCUUCAUGUCCUAACGUAUAACUACUUCAAACUGAUGUGAUCUAAACCAGAAUGUGACAUGCUUAGUUCAAACAGCACAUGUGCUCUCACGUUUGUUCUUAAGCGCCAUUUUUGUAAUGUUUAACAAUUUGCAGCUCUUGUGCAUAAACUUUAAAGUGAAGAACUGAUUGUAUUGCUGUUCACGUCACAUAGCCAUUUAACUGCAACGACACCCUGAAAGCAAAAACAUUUCUGCUUGGUACUCUGAUAUUGUAUGAAUGUUUGCCUGUAUACCCCAAUCUGGCACCUUAAUGUCUGUCUGAAUCGUGUAAAUCACUGUGGCAUGACUUGACUUUAAUUCAGUGGCCAUAAAACCUAAUAUGAAGGAAGGCCA